GGCCGAGGGAACUUCUUUUUGUUUGUGAAAGAGCUAUCUCUCUCUCUCUCUUUCUAUCUCUCUCUCUCUCCUCUUCUGCUCAUCCACUCCACUCCACUCCUCUCCUCUCCCUCUCACUGAAAAGGCAAAAUGAUACAGAGCAGGUGAAGUUACCUCGUCCGUUUGAAUCUUGUCUCUCAUCACUGUUUCUCUGCAGAAAUGGUUAGGGUUUCAGUUUCUUCACUUGAUCCUCCCCUAUUUCAAGACUUCCUGUAGCUAUCUGAUGUGGGGGACAAAAGGCUCUCUCCAUGAAGAGAGCCGUCUUUAAGAACGAACAAAUUUGAUACGGUUUGAGGUAUUGUUCUGAAACCCACUGUUUCCGGAGAUAUUUCUGUACUUGAUUCAGAGCUUGAAACGUGAAGAUUGUGGUUUGAACUUCGAACAGAUGCAGUUUCCUGGAAGCCAAUCGUUGGAUGAAACUUUGUUAUUUGAGUAGAAGCUUGGUGGAGAAGAAACUGAGAGAGUGACAGAUUGUUCUGCGGUUACGAGCUGUUAUCGUGACUAUCGUUGGCUGAGAUCGGGGCAGAUAGAGGGUUUUUGCGUGUUCAGGAUGUUCUCUAAGUAAUUUUCUCGCUAGGUAGCUCGGAUUAUGGGAUUUGUAGACUGCAAUCUACUUUUUCAAGAACUUGGUGAGUAUUCUUUUUGUGCUUUGACUGUAUAGGUCGAAAUCAAGGAGCAACGUUGGAGUCAGAAGAAUGGUGCUUACUGCUUAGUAUUCUGUCGAGGCUUUAGUUCUGAGAUCGUGAGGUCGAAGUCGCAGUCUGUAAAGCAAAUCCUCUUGUGAUUUUGAACAAUUGGAAUGCUGAAAGUGAGCCGCUUCGGUAUUCUUAAAGAUAAAAGGAGAAAUGCGAUGGUUUUGUUCGAAGUUUCAUGACCAAAAAGUUCCAGAAAACGCGAGUUGCAUGCAUCUUCGUCAAGACGCCAACAGAAAAAGAAAGGUUUCAGACUAGAAAAGCAGUUUUAUUUCACAGAUGUUAGUUCGAGCUUUUUGGUUGUAAUUUCGUAAUUUCGGUGGUAGUGUAAUUGUAAGCCUUCGUAAAAGGUCUUUCCGUUGAGAAUCUUUUCUCAAUCCAGAAAACGCGAGAUUUCUCACAGACGGAGUUCACGAGAAUCUUAAGCAAAACAGCUAGCAAAAGAGGGCGCCCAGAGCUUCUACUUCUGUCUCUCUCUUCUGCAUAGCAGGUUCGAAUUCUCGUGGCGUGAAAAAAAAAAUGGCGAUGGCUAUGGUGCCGCACAGGGAGAGCAGUAGUGGUAGCAUCAAUAAGCAUCUUGAUAAUGGAAAAUAUGUCCGUUACACCGCCGAGCAGGUCGAAGCUCUCGAAAGAGUCUACGCGGAAUGUCCAAAGCCGAGUUCCAUGCGACGGCAGCAGUUGAUUCGCGAGUGCCCCAUCCUCUCUAACAUCGAACCCAAGCAGAUCAAAGUCUGGUUUCAGAAUCGCAGGUGCCGAGAGAAGCAGAGAAAGGAGGCUUCUCGACUUCAAACUGUGAACAGGAAGUUAACUGCCAUGAAUAAGUUGUUGAUGGAGGAGAACGAUCGCCUUCAGAAGCAGGUCUCGCAGCUAGUGUACGAAAAUGGCUACAUGCGGCAGCAAUUGCAAAACGCAUCUGCUGCAACUACUGAUGGAAGCUGUGAGUCUGUAGUUACCACACCUCAGCAUCCGCUUAGGGAUGCAAAUAAUCCCGCUGGACUCCUCUCCAUUGCAGAGGAGACCUUGGCAGAGUUCCUUUCAAAGGCUACAGGAACUGCUGUUGAUUGGGUCCAGAUGCCUGGGAUGAAGCCUGGUCCGGAUUCGGUUGGGAUUGUUGCCAUUUCACACAGUUGCAGUGGAGUGGCAGCACGAGCCUGCGGUCUAGUGAGUUUAGAACCUACAAAGAUUGCAGAAAUCCUUAAAGACCGUCCAUCUUGGUUUCGAGAUUGUCGGAGCCUUGAAGUCUUUUCCAUGUUUCCAGCUGGAAAUGGGGGGACAAUUGAAUUGUUGUUCAUGCAGAUGUAUGCUCCAACUACAUUGGCUCCUGCUCGAGAUUUCUGGACUCUGAGAUAUACUACGAGUCUAGAAGAUGGCAGUCUUGUGGUUUGUGAGAGAUCAUUGUCUGGUUCUGGUACUGGCCCAAAUGCAUCGGCUGCUUCGCAAUUUGUGAGAGCUGAGAUGUUACCCAGUGGUUAUUUAAUUCGACCGUGUGAUGGGGGAGGGUCGAUCAUACACAUUGUUGACCAUCUAGAUCUUGAGGCAUGGAGUGUACCAGAGGUGCUGCGACCUCUAUAUGAGUCAUGCAAAAUUGUGGCUCAGAAAAUGACGAUUGCAGCACUGCGUCACAUCAGGCAAAUAGCUCAAGAGACUAGUGGUGAGGUAGUGUAUGGAUUGGGCAGACAGCCAGCUGUUCUUCGAACUUUUAGCCAGAGAUUGAGCAGAGGGUUCAAUGAUGCCAUCAAUGGAUUUAAUGAUGAUGGAUGGUCAUUGAUGAACUGUGAUGGUGCUGAAGAUGUGGUAGUUGCUGUUAAUUCAACCAAGAACAUGGCCGCUGUUACAAAUCCUGCCAAUGCUCUUUCCUUGCCUGGAGGCAUCCUUUGUGUGAAGGCAUCUAUGCUACUCCGAAAUGUUCCUCCUGCAUUACUGAUCCGAUUUCUGAGGGAGCACCGCUCUGAGUGGGCUGAUUUCAACAUUGAUGCCUAUUCUGCUGUCUCUUUGAAAGCCGGCUCAUAUGCCUUCCAGGGAUUGAGAACCACCAGGUUCUCUGGGAGCCAAGUCAUCAUGCCUCUUGGUCAGACCGUAGAACAUGAAGAGAUGCUUGAAGUAAUUCGACUUGAAGGUCAUGCACUCACUCAAGAAGAGGCUGUUCUGGCCAGGGAUAUUCAUCUCUUACAGAUUUGUAGUGGAGUGGAUGAGAAUGCAGUGGGAGCCUGCUCUGAACUUGUUUUCGCUCCAAUUGAUGAAAUGUUUCCAGAUGAUGCUCCACUGCUACCCUCAGGAUUCCGGAUUAUACCAUUGGAUUCAAAAACAUGCGAGACAGAAGAUGCAUUGACUGCACAUCGUACAUUGGAUUUGGCAUCCAGUCUUGAAGUAGGCCCAGCCACAAACCGGGCAUCUGGAGAUGCAUCUCCAAGUACUUGUAAUGCGCGGUCGGUGUUGACCAUUGCUUUCCAAUUCCCUUUUGAGAACCAUCUCCAAGAUAAUGUUGCAACAAUGGCUAGACACUACGUCCGCAGUGUGAUUUCCUCUGUUCAAAGGGUUGCAAUGGCUAUUGCUCCAUCAGGACUUAGCCCACAUGUUGGGCCAAAGUUAUCUCCAGGCUCUCCAGAAGCUCUUACACUUUCUCAGUGGAUCUGCCAGAGCUAUAGUUACCAUCUUGGGACGGAAUUGCUAAGGUCUGAUUGCCAGACCGGUGACACUGUGUUGAAACAACUCUGGCACCAUCCAGAUGCCAUAUUAUGCUGCUCAUUAAAGUCCCUACCAGUUUUCACCUUUGCCAACCAAGCUGGGUUAGACAUGCUGGAAACCACACUGGUGGCUCUACAGGACAUUACGCUGGAUAGGAUAUUUGAUGAGUCAGGUAGAAAGGCUGUGUACUCAGACUUUCCAAAGAUAAUGCAACAGGGUUUUGCUUAUUUGCCUGGCGGACUCUGCAUCUCAACCAUGGGGCGCCACAUUUCCUUUGAACAAGCCAUUGCGUGGAAAGUCCUUGCAGAAGAGAACACUGUACAUUGCCUUGCCUUCUCUUUUGUCAACUGGUCUUUUGUGUAAAAAAUGGUUUAUUGAGAGAGAGAGAGAGAGAGAGAGAGAGAGAGAGAGAUUCUAUUUAUUUAAUGUUUCAUUUUAUUAUGAAUUUUUUUCGCCCCAAAUCCUGGGUUGUCAACCAUGGAGGAAGAGAGGAAAGAUGAAAGGACAUUUUAGCUAACGAUAGGAAUUUAGAGAGUGAUGAGAGCUUGGUCGUGGUGCAGUUAAAAAGGAAGGGAAGGACAGUGAAAUUGAUUUAAAAAAGGAAACUUUUGGUACCA